GGUAUCUUCUAAUUUGGUGGUAAUGUUAAUUUACACUGCAGAUAGACUAUCUGUGGGCAAAUGAAUCAUAACUCCAAUCACAGAGCAACAGAGCCCAAAUUGAUUUUUAAUAGUGUUUGUAUUUGUAGUUUUGGACGUCGGUCGUCGUAAGCAAAACAUAACAAGACACAGAUGUCGUCGGCAAUACCAAUAAUUCUCAAGGGAAACAAUCUCGGCGAAAGGCAUCGCCAUUUUAACUCUCUGGUCCUGGGUGCUCAUCAGCAGGGCACAUGUCUGACGUUAAUUCGCGACACGGCCGACGCCUCACGUCUCGACACACUCUUUCAAAUCGAGCUCGCGUCCAAACAUCGUAACGUAGAUUACAUUUUAAAAACUCUUCAACAUGAGGACAUGCUGUUUGUUAGUAGAGCGCUAAAGUGUUGUACUUGGCUCCUGGAAUCUAAUUAUCAAGAUGUGAUCAAUCCUGAAUAUUUAGAAGGCGAGGUGUACCCGUACAUGAUGACGCCUGCUGUCAACAAAAUGAAGCAGUGGCUACAUGUCCAUCUAAAGGACGCGCGGAGGUGCCGUCAAUUCUACCAGUACUAUAGCUGCCACUACCACAUCAAGAUCAAAUUUCUCAAGCACUGCGCUCCGGACUUCAUCGAAGGCGAACUCCUUAAUAUCAUGGAGCGCGUCACCCCCAAGCAGCUCAAGGUUAUUUGUGAAUAUUGUCCGCGAGCGAUCAAACUGUACUAUGACAACCUCAGCAAGAACCCUCAAGCAUACACAGCUUUUUUUAAGAAAGAGAAGGAGUAUUUCGAAUGUACUCAAUACAUUUUGCACUCGGAAUCGGCUUCUUAUUUCGAAAUCUUGGAAAAGUAUUAUAAUUACGACAGUUUAGGCUCGCUGUCGCCGACCAUCACAAAGUGCAUCGUAAAGCGACACAAGCAAAGAGUCCUGCACAAGCCGGAGCUUUACGCGGCCUGGCUGCUCGACAAAACCACUUUGGCCAAACAUCUCCGCGCGAACGAAAACAAACAUAUAGUCCUGAGGCUGGCGCGUGCAGAAUACCUCAAUAAUUACUUCUCUUACAAAUUUGUGGAACCUUUUAUAAAAAGAUUGAAAUUUGACGAGAGAGCAGCUUUCAAAAAGAAAGUUUUCAUUGAUAAAAAUGUAGGUAACAAAGUAGCGAAAAACCCCUAUCCCAAAUUCUCGUGGCCGGAACUCGAGGACACGGCCAUCAUCUUUGACGAUAAGGAGCGCGAUCCCGAAGACUUUAAAUUCUUUGAAAUUAAAAAAUACACUCGUCGCAUCAAAAAGAGAAAAGGCAACCAUGUUCAAUCGUCCGUCAUGUACUCGGAUUGUUGCAAGAUGGACACAUACCGGAUUAGGACACCGCUCGACCAGCUUUUCGACAGAUAUCGAUUCUUCAAUUUCGAGCGAACGAUGUUCGAGCUUCGGAAGAAAGUUGCCGCGGAGAGCUCCGUACAAAACCGACAGUUCAUGAUGCUCGUGCUGGUCAGCAAAUGUGGAGACAAUAUGGAGCAUGUGGGGAAACUGGUUCGCUUUCUGGUAGAUCGGCACCACAAUGAGUCUAGCAAUUUGCGCGCGGCCGUCGUCCGCAGUUUAGUGAAGCGCGCGCGCGCCUGGCGCCUCCCUGCUGUCCCCUGGCGCUUGCUGCUCUACUUCGGGCGCGACUUGGGUCUCGAUGGAGCUUCACCCUUGAUUUGUAAAGAAGGUAUGCACGCGUUAGUGCUGCGCACCUUGCUCUUGGGCAAGGAGUGCGUUUCGUGUCUCCGCGAGGCCUUCUUGAAUAAUUUCUCCUCUCUGACCGAGUACAAACUAAACGCGGUAGAAAAACGCAUAAUCGGGGUACGUUUGCCCGCGCUCCUACUGCAAGCUGCGACGGCCGACUCAGGUUCAGGUCUCGAUCGGUUCCAACUUCUGCUCGAUGUCCUAUCAUCACUAAAUAAAAAGCUGUCGAAGUGUCCGGGCGUUGUGGAGGCCCUCACGGAAGCCGUGCGCUGCCAUCCCUCCACUGCCGAGGGUCUGCUACGGCGCAUGUACGAGGAGCGCGUAGCUCGCCGCGAACUGCUUUGCGAGAAUUUCGCUUUAUUUCAAACGAACGAAUCAUACGUGAACGUUCUGCGCCACGACGCGUUGCUUCUCAAAUCAACGAAAGAAUUUGAGGACUGCCUGAAAAAGCGCUCGUGUAAUUACGACGGUUUUCUCAGGAAACUGGCUUUGUACUUCGGAGAGGAUGGUGGACUGGCGGCGACGUAUAUCGCAGCGAUCGUGAGAGUAAUGGAGAGCGAGCCACACGUGGAACUUGCGCGACCCCUGGCUAUGCUGCGGGCUGAUCUCCGUCCCAUCAUUAGCGAAUAUAUGAAAGAACCAAAGGGAAGUAUUAAGAGGCGGCUCGCGUCGGCACUACAGGCUAAUUUCCACCUUAGUGGCGUCGUAGACUUGGAAGCGACCCCGUGGCGAGCGCUCGGCGCUAAAGCGGUCGCGAACAGAUUGUUGUCUUGCAAAGCUGUCGACGUCGACAAGUACAUAGCGCGAUCGCUGGAGUGGCGGCGUACGUUGAAAAUCGCCCUACUCCUGGCGGAGCGUUGCGGUCGAGCUGCAGAAGUUUACAAGAUAGUGGUCGGAGAGCGGGCCGGGGCCACGCUGCGCGCCGCACUCUCCUACUUAAAAAGAAACGAAAGUGACGACUUGAAGGCGGCCGUAUGGCGCGCGGUGUCGCCGGCAUUGGGGUCUCUGGAUUUGACAGGGGAGCCGCGAAGCUUCCUGUGUCACGAGCUGCAGAACGCCGAUUAUGUGCCGGCGAACAUACAGGCCGAGUACUGGGUCGCCGUGUUCGGCGCUCUACAGAAAGUAUCACAAAAGAAGACGCUGCCCGUUCUGUGCAGACUCGAGAAUAUGCUUUCCGAAGUAAACAGUAAUCUCGUUAAGAAGGUGAUCGAAGACUUUCUCGGGGAGUUUAAGAGCGUGAGAAACGUAUCGUCUUAUAAUUGGCACUUUCUCACAUGGACUCUUAUGAAAGUCCGCAUCGUGGGCAAGUACCUGCUGCUCGGUGAGGGCGAGGAGCAAGCCGCCAGAAUGGACGACGUGUGGGCGCCGUUCCGGGACUGCUUGACUGUUCUGGUACGGAGGGACGCUAAGGAUUCGUCCCAAUAUUUGGAUGAAUUCGUUACCUCAUUAAAAUAUAACAGAGCGUUCUUUGAUCCGAGGCUUUCGUGCUGGCCCGUGCUCGAGAGGAUCGUCGCAGAUCUGCGGACAUUUCUGCCGAUGGAGGAGAAUAUCAAAACAUUUGUGCUGCUGCACGCGACAAUGUUGUAUUACAAAUCUAUUCAGUAUUGUGUUGAGCAGUUUCCGGAGAAAUUCGAGAACGUGAGGUCGAAACAAAUAGAGGGAGCGACUGCUGUGGGUAAACACUUCGGCAAAUACGUUGGUAAAGAACUAGGACAACUGGUGUCUAGAUAUUUCGAUUCCAUUACGAUAUUAUAUCAAAAGAAUUUGACGAUAUUCUUCAAAGAUCAGUUUCCCCUCAACGAGAGCAGGAAUAAAUUUGUGAGCGCAUUUAUCGGAGGUCUGCUGGAGACGGGAGAGGUUGAGGCUCUGCUGCUGGCAGAGUACCUGCUGGACGAGGAGGGCGCGAACAUAUCGGAGCCAGAGAGAAUGGAUCUUGUAAACGUAUUGAAAAGUUCACAAAAUGAUGAAGUGAAAUUCUUUUUACACGGUUUUUUGUUUUCUGGCAAAGCAGAUAAGGUUUGUUUCACUUGUCGAUAAUUUGAUUAUGUCCAUAAAUAUAUAUUUUUGUUUACUUA